CAGUGUACACACACAAUGGCACAAAUAAACCCCUUGCCCUGCCUUCCAGAGUGCGGGCUGUUCUCUGGCCCCCCACUAAGAAGGUCCUACAGGAGGAAGCAGAUCCGGGCAACAUCAGCAGCUGCUUAUCUCUGCUAGGAUCUUGAGUCAGCAGGAGGAGGAAGAGAAUAAGAGCAACGACCUAAGCUUCAGUAAAGCCACUGUCUCUUGCAACAUCAACCACAGAGAGAGGACUUUUUGUACGCUGUAGCAGUAACCGCUUCUUCCACUUCAUGAGUCGCUCAUCACAGCAGUAUCAAUGGGAACUUGUGGCCUGGUUCUUAUCUUUAAGUGUCUUCUGAUGUUCCUGGACUUUGGGUGGCAAGGAGUAGGGAAUCCCAGGGCAGAAGCGGCUCGGCUAAGAGAGUACUACAUCGUGGCACAAGUUACUAGCUGGAACUAUAGCUUGUCGGUGGAGGAGUUGUCCAGUCUGCCCAAAUCAGAUCCUCUGUUUAAGAAAAUUAUUUACACAGAAUAUGAAGCAGAUUUCAAAACAGAAAAACCAAGGAAUGGGCUGUCAGGACUUUUGGGACCAACACUUCGUGCAGAGGUGGGAGACACACUCGUCGUCCAUUUUAAGAAUCUGGCUAGCAAAGAACUGAACAUUCAUCUGCAGGGGAUAUUGUAUACCAGAUGGUCAAAAGAAGAUUCCUCAUAUUUUGAUGGGAUAUCACAAACUGGAAGACUGGACAGUGCUGUUCCUCCAGGAAAGACAUACAAAUAUGUGUGGGAGGUCACAACCGAAGCUGGACCUAGAGAAGCUGAUCCUCCCUGUCUCACAUACUCCUACUACUCUCACAUAAACAUGGUACAAGACUACAAUUCAGGCCUUAUUGGUCCCUUGCUGAUAUGCAAAGAAGGAAGCUUGAAUGAAGAUGGGACACAGAAACUAUUUGACAAGGAGUAUGUGUUGAUGUUUGGGGUAUUUGAUGAAAGCAAGAGCUGGCAAAAAGCACCUUCCCUCGUAUACACAAUAAACGGUUAUGCCAAUGGAACUCUGCCGGAUGUACAGGCCUGUGCAUAUGAUCGUAUUAGUUGGCAUUUAAUGGGGAUGAGUUCUGGCCCUGAACUUUUCUCCAUCCAUUUCAAUGGACAGACCCUGGAACAUAACCGGUACAAAGUCUCGACUGUCAACCUUGUUGGAGGUGCAUCAGCAACAGCAAACAUGUCUGUGAGCAAGACAGGAAGAUGGUUAAUAUCCUCCCUUGUUGCUAAGCAUCUGCAAGCUGGAAUGCAUGGUUAUCUCAACGUAGAAGACUGUGGAAAUCCAGACACAUUAACAAGGAAACUGUCUUUCAAAGAACUGAGGAUGAUUAAGGACUGGGAUUAUUUCAUUGCUGCAGAAGAAAUAAUAUGGGAUUAUGCUCCAGAUAUUCCUGACACUGUUGACAGAAAAUAUAAAGCUCAGUAUCUCGAAAAUUUUUCAAAUCUCAUUGGCAAGAAGUAUAAGAAGGCCGUCUUCAGUCAAUAUAAAGAUGAAAGUUUCAGCAAGCGCAUAGACAAUACUUGGAGUAAAGAACAUGGCAUUCUGGGCCCUGUAAUCAGAGCUCAGGUCAGGGACAGAAUAAAGAUUGUAUUCAAAAAUAUGGCUAGUCGACCAUACAGUAUUUAUGUACAUGGAGUUACACUUUCAAAGGAUGCAGAAGGAGCUGUUUAUCCUUCAGAUUCCAAAGAGAACAUCACUGAAGGUAAAGCAGUCCAACCAGGGGAAAUCUACAUAUAUGAAUGGACCGUACAUGACACAGAUGAACCCUCAGCAAAGGAUGCCCAAUGCAUUACCAGAUUAUAUCACAGUGCUGUAGAUGUCACAAGGGAUAUCGCCUCAGGGCUAAUUGGGCCACUUCUGAUUUGUAAACGCAAGGCACUUGACAAAAAGGGGAUACAGAAUAAAGCUGAUGAAGAGCAACAUGCAGUUUUUACAGUGUUUGAUGAGAACCAGAGCUGGUACUUAGAGGACAAUAUCAAGGAAUAUAGCGGCAGUCCCUCCACUGUUAAGAAAGAUGACCCCAAAUUCUACAGGUCUAAUGUCAUGCACACCAUCAAUGGCUAUGCAUCUGAUAGAACCGACAUCUUGGGAUUUUGUCAGUCUGAGAUUGUUGAAUGGCACCUUGCCAGUGUAGGUAUUCAGGAUGAGAUAGUGCCUGUACAUCUCUCUGGUCACACUUUCCUAAGCAGAAGAAAAGAACAAGAUAUUUUAAAUCUUUUCCCCAUGAGUGGUGAAUCAGCUACUGUAACCAUGGACAACAUUGGAACCUGGCUGCUAUCAUCAUGGGGCUCCCGGGAAAUGAACAAUGGCAUGAGGCUAAGAUUUAGAGAUGCCAAAUGUGAUAAGGAUUAUGAGGGAGAAAAUGAAGAUGACUUUGAUGAAGAAGAAGAUGAUGUUUCUGUUAGUUAUGUAAAUGUUGUCAAAUUUGCCCCUGAGAAGGCUCAGCUAUCGAAAGGGAAAGAAAAAGAGAACAGAGGAGUAGUAGUGGAUGAUUCUCAAGAACGAAAGGCAGCAGAACUAGGAUUUUUAGAUGAAGAAAAUAAGAAAGAACAGUCAAGUGAGCUGAAUGGUGUGUCUGUUGAAGAAGAAGAAGAUGAAGAACAGCGAAUGUUUGCUGCAAUGCUAGGACUUCGAUCAUUUAAUGGGUCAGAUACCAAGGAAGAAGAGCUCAAUCUCACUGCUAUUGCUGUCGAAGAAGAGGUGUACAGCAUCAGGUCUGAUGGCGAUGGUUUUUUAAAUAAUGAUUCAUCUGGGAACUCUCACCAGGAGUUCACAAAUAACAGUGAUCCUUCACAUGGUGAUAGACUGCAAGAAAUUCUAAGUACAACAUCUUACCCAACUUCAGUUGAAUCCUUCCUUCCCAACACAUCUUUGUCAGGAGAAAUUUCAUUUUCAGAUAUCACAGGGGCCGUUAGUACCUUGUCAUCUCAACAAAGCCAAGAUGACCAUGAGGACAAUGCUACUCAGACCUCAGGCAUUUACACACAAACACUAGAGCCUCAAUAUUUGAGAACAAAUGAGACUGUCCAGAGCAAAAUUGAAGUGAAAUUGGUCAGCACCAAUGCUCCCUUUCUGGAGAAAGAAGAAACUGAAACUGAAAGGGAUACUUCUGAGGGGAGGCGUGAAAAACGAAUUCUGUCAGAGGCCACACUGUUUGCCCUUAAAGAGAUGUGUGCCCUGCUGCUUCAUGUACAACAAAAGGGAAAUCUUUCUACUUUAGACAACACCACUUCAAAGAUUCAAUUUCGUGCCAUUCCUACUGAAGAAGAUGCCCUCAGCUUAAAUAAUGUAGAAACUGAUGACUUUUUAUAUGAUUAUGAAGAUGAUAAAGAGGAAGAAAUGACAGAGCCUUCCUGGUUAUCAACUAACUUAACUCUAGUAAUGGAAGAGAUGGUGGAAGUUAAUGGUUCUGACCCACAGCAUGUUCCUGAACUGGCGUUCUCAAGAACUGAAAAGUAUGACAAUUUGACCCUGGAUAGUCUAUUAGGCAGCUUUGUUUCUCCUCCCAUCCCAAAAGCUGUCAAGAACAUGACAGGAUCACCUCGUCAACGACCAAAGUGUCCCCCUAAAAAGACAGUUUAUGAAUGGAAUGCUGUCUCUGAGAAGACAAAUGAUGAGACACAAGCAAGUUUCACUAAAGAUGCUCACAAUGAAUUGCAGAACAACUCCCAAAAUGCCACAAUGUUUCCAGAAAAUACCACAUUAAGUAGUAAAAGGAACCUGGAGUUAUAUAAAAAUGAUUCCCCAUUUGAAAUAGGCCAACCAGAAAUAAGCAAAAAACAUGAGGCUCUGAAUGAAAAAAGAAAUGAAAACUGCACUAUCAAGACAUCUGGGACUUUCAUAAAAGCCCGACGCAAGACAAAACCCUCAAGAGUUCUAACAGCAAGAACAUCCAAACCUCUCAUGACACCUAGAGGGUUCAGCCAGACCUCAGUGGCCACUGAGGCUAAGGAUACAAUGCCGCUAAAUGAGACCAAUGACACUCACCCUCAAAACCAAGUUAAACCAGUUGUUACAAUAGGCCUUCCCAUUGAAAAUGGAGACUAUCAGGAAUAUGUCCUAGACAACGUAGAAUAUGAAGACAGUAGCAGUGAUUCAUAUGAAUUUCAAACUGUCUACUAUGACAACCCCUAUACCGGAGAUUCCCGACUUGACCCUACUACCGUGCGUGACCCGGAUGAUAUAGCCGGACGCUAUCUGCGUGCUUUGAAGAAAGGAGGAAAUGUGAGAAGAUACUACAUUGCAGCUGAGGAGAUUUUCUGGGACUAUGCAGCACAUAGAAAAAGUACAGCAAGAAGUGGUCAAUCCAGGACAGUGUAUAAAAAAGUAGUUUUCCGAAGUUAUAAAGAUGAUACUUUCAUGAUACCUAAUACUGGAGGAGAAUAUGAAGAACACCUUGGCAUCCUUGGUCCUGUCAUUAGAGCAGAAGUGGAGGAUGUAAUUCAAGUUCAAUUUAAAAAUUUGGCCUCCAGGACAUAUUCCCUCCAUGCCCAUGGGCUUUACUAUGAGAAGUCUUCAGAAGGCAGAAGUUAUAAUGAUCAGUCUCCAGAAUGGUUCAGAAUGGAUGAUGCCAUCCUGCCAAAUCACACCUAUACGUAUGUCUGGCAUGCAACGAAACGGUCAGGCCCUGCAGCAAAUCAGAAAGUAUGUAAAUCAUGGGCCUACUACUCUGCAGUAAACCCGGAGAAAGAUAUUAACUCUGGUUUGAUUGGGCCAAUCUUGAUCUGUCAAAAAGGAAUGCUUGACGAGUAUAACAGGCCAAUAGACAUGCGAGAAUUUGUCCUGUUCUUUAUGGUCUUUGACGAGGAGAAAAGCUGGUACUUUAAUAAACAUGACAAGAAAACUCUUGCUGAGAGGUCCACCAGAGCCCAGCAGCACCACAUAUUUCCUGCAAUUAAUGGAGUCCCAUACCAGCUGCAGGGACUGCGGAUGUAUAAAGAUGAGGAGGUCCAUUGGCAUUUGUUGAACAUGGGUGGGCCAAAAGACAUUCAUGUCAUCCACUUUCAUGGUCAUACAUUUGUUGAACAGGGAAUGGAAGAUCAUCAACUUGGUGUCUACCCUCUUCUUCCUGGCUCAUUCACCACUGUUGAAAUGAAACCAUCAAAAAUUGGCACAUGGCUUUUGGAAACAGAAGUCAGUGAAUACCAGGAGGCAGGAAUGCAGGCCUUUUUUACUGUCAUAGAUAAAGAAUGCAGGUUACCAAUGGGAUUGGAAAGUGGUAUUAUACAAGACUCACAAAUUAGUGCUUCAGGUCACACAGGAUACUGGAAGCCUCAGCUGGCAAGACUGAACGGGGCUGGGAAAUACAAUGCUUGGAGCACUGAGAAGAAGAGCAAUGAACACCCUUGGAUCCAGGUGGAUCUACAAAGAGAAGUUCUAAUCACAGGUGUUAAAACACAGGGAGCUAUGCAGAUGCUGAAACAUUUGUAUAUAAUGGACUAUUUUAUUACAUAUAGUAAGAAUGGGAGAAAGUGGAAUGUUUUUAAAGGCAACCACACAGGAACACAAAAGCUUUUUGAAGGGAAUUCAGAUGGUAAUGAAAUAAAAGAAAACCGCCUUGAUCCUCCUAUUCUUGCUCGGUAUAUCAGGCUGUAUCCAAACAUGUUCUAUAACAGGCCGGCACUUCGCAUGGAACUCCUGGGUUGUGAAACGGGAGAUUGCUCUAUGCCCCUGGGAAUGGAAAGUGGAUCUAUCACAAAUGCACAGAUCACAGCCUCGUCUUACAAGAAGACCUGGUGGAGUUCAUGGGAGCCAUCGCUAGCCCGCCUCAAUCUAAAAGGACGGACAAAUGCCUGGCAAGCAAAGUCAAAUAACAAUCAACAAUGGCUGCAAAUUGAUCUCCUUCAACCUAAGAAGAUAACAGGUAUCAUAACUCAAGGCGCCAAAUCAAUGACUACUGAAAUGUAUGUGAAAACAUUUGCCAUCCUUUACAGUGAUGAUAAUUCAGCAUGGACAUCUUACCUGGAUGACACAACGUCCAGGGAAAAGAUGUUCACAGGAAAUAUUAACAGCAGAGGGCAGGUGAAGCACUUCUUCAAACCACCCAUAUUUUCCCGGUUUAUUCGUGUCAUUCCCAAAACAUGGAAUCAGAGCAUUGCACUUCGGAUAGAACUCUUUGGUUGUGAUGCUUUCUAGCAAAUGGAGGGAAGAGGAUAAGACAAAGAGCCCUGCACCUGUUGAGCUUUCUCUUUUUUUAAAAAAGGAUUGGACAAUGGUGAGGGAGGAGCAAAGGCCAAAUGGUUUUACCAUUUUUAUGUCAUGUAUAUCACAAGCAUUUUCAGCUGUGGAUUCAAAUCAUCCUCAAAAGACGUAUCAUAAUUAUUUAAAGGAAUUUAACAAAAUAAGACAAGCAAGGAGCAGUAUUUGCCACUUUCA